CUUGCGGGGGCGUGAAGAGGAACUUGCUCCUGAAGUUUCUCUAUUGCUGUUAGUUGUUAGUAGUGGAACGUUGCCCACCUUUGACAGUUCCUUAUUUCACUCCAUUCAGUUUUCAUUGUAUCCCGCAGCACUCUGCUGCUAUGUACUAUAAAUCUGUUGAUUGAAUAAUGGAAAACUCAUGUCUUGGGGUUUUCAGUUAGUUUGUGAGCCGAAGAAGUAGAGCUUAGAGCACAGCUGCAAAAGAAGAGAAGUGGCUGAACCAACGCAACGCAGCCAUGGCUUCAAUGAUGGCAACCACAGGCGCCUACCUCCGCAGUCAAUACUGGAGACCGCGCCGCGAAAACUACGGCAAAGCUGGAUUCAGCCGCCGUUUCCUGCUUUGUCAGCAGCAGCAGAAGCAGCACGACCCCACAAAACCCACCGCACAAAUUGCUCGAAGGGAGAUUAUUCUGAGGAGCAGCGAAUUGGCGGUGGUUGGGGCGAUAUUCAAUCUCAGGCGACCCGCCCGCCCGCGGCUGAAUGGAAUUGGAAGGAGUAGUACUUACAUAGUUAUAAUACAUUGCAGCGGGAAGAAGCCUGAUUACCUCGGAGUUGGGAAGAAGCAGCAGCAACUGGCGCUUUGCCCGGCCACCAACAACUGCAUCUCCACGUCCGAGAAUGUCAGCGAUUCCGCCCACUACGCUCCUCCUUGGAACUACAAUGGCGGCAGGCCGCAGGCCGUCAGCAGACAAGUUGCGAUGGACGAACUUGUACAAGUGAUAAAAACCACCAAGCCGGACAAAUACAGCGCACGGAUUGUGGAACAGAAUAGCGAUUAUGUGCACGCUGAGUACGCAAGUCCUAUCCUAGGGUUGGUUGACGACGUCGAGUUCUGGUUCCCACCAGGUAGCAAAUCGACUGUCGAGUAUCGUUCUGCGUCAAGAUUGGGGGACUUCGACUUUUAUGCCAACCGAAAACGAAUCAAGGCUCUGAGGCAGGAGCUGGAGAAGAAAGGAUGGACUUCUGAAAACCACUUCUGAAUCCCAUCCCUUCGACGAAUAGAGUGACAUGGAAACAACGCUUAAAUUCCAUCACCACAACGCAAAAGCUUCUGACACACCACGUCAAAAGCACAAUCAACAGCUCUUUACUCCUAAAACGUCAGCUGCUGACAGU